AGUUGGUAAUAGUGAUGCCAAUAUGAUGGUAAUCUUCACAUCAAACUGUGUGCUUAUCAGCGUUAACUGUUGAACAGUUUGUGUAGUUCGACUAUUGUUAAUAAAAUUUGUGUGUAAAAUGAACAAGUAAAUAGAAUACGGAGUAACAAAUUUCUGUGAUUAGCGUGUAACUAAUUUUAUGUACUUAGUAAGUAUAUAAGGAAAAUAUGGCCGAGUCGGUCGGACCUAUACUUCAUGUAAUUGUCGUUGGGUUUCAUCACAAAAAGGGAUGUCAAGUAGAAUAUUCAUUUCCACCAUUGGUACCUGGCACACCUAAUGAGUGUCCGCUAGGUUGGAAAUACUUACCAACUCUUGCGUUGCCUGAUGGGUCACAUAAUUAUGAUGAAGAUACAGUUUACUUCCAUUUGCCAAGUCUAAAUGAUCCAAAACGCACAGUUUAUGGAAUUUCUUGCUUUAGACAAAUUCCAGUUGAGAAAUUAAAGAAUCGUACAUCAGAUAUAACUAGAGGAACAGUACAAAAAUCUGUUUGUGUUUUGAGCACUUUGCCAUUGUAUGGUCAUAUUCAAGUGAAAAUGGCAUUGAUAACUCAUGCGUACUUCGACGAGGGUGAUUUCAGUAAAGUAUCUUUGCUAGAGGAUACUUAUCAUCAUCUUAAUUCUUGUAUGAGUACUGAAAGUCAAAUACCGCCUCAAAUAUUCGUUGGUAAUUAUAAAAUUAACAAAAUCUUGCAGUCAUUAAAUAUAUUGUUAUAA